AUGGGUAAUUGCUUCAAUUAAGAUGAGAAUGCCAAAACAUCCCUAAAAUCACUAAAGAAAGUUGAUUAGUAAUAGUCUCAGUCCCUUUAAGACUUGGAUGCCAAUAAAAUAGCUUUAAAAGACUUUUUAAGUCAAGGCUAGAUAGGAAGGGUUAAGAAUGUAUGUAUAUUUUUAGGGUUAAUUUGGUAAGGUUUUUAGAGUUAAAAUGAAGAACAGCGCUCAAGAAUAUGCUAUGAAAGUAAUUAAAAAAUCGGAAAUCAUUCAAUUUGGAUUGGUAGAACAUACAAUGCUUGAAAAAAGUGUGCUUAUUCGUAGUAAAAACCCUUUUGUUGUCAAGUUAAAAUACUCAUUCUAAACAGAUUAAAAGCUAUAUUUAGUUAUGGAGUAAUAAGUUCAUAUGGAAAAUUUAGAUUAGUCACUGGAGGUCAGCUUUCAAAGAUUCUUAGCAAGUACUAUUAGAAUCGGCUCACAUAAGUUUAAGCUUAGUUCUGUGCUGCUGAAGUAGUUCUUGGAUUAGAAUACAUACAUGAGACUUUGAAAGUUGUAUAUAGAGAUUUGAAACCAGAUAAUAUUUUAGUUACUCAGGAUGGACAUUUGAAAUUAACAGAUUUCGGAUUAUCAAAAUAAUACGACAAGUAGGAUAUGAAGUUCUUUACUGUAUUAAUUAGAUUUAUUUAUAAGUUUAGUUUGUUGGUACACCUGAGUACAUAGCCCCAGAAAUUUUGUUGAAAUCUGGACACAAUACAUCUGUAGAUUGGUGGAGUCUANAAAUUCUGAAUGGUAUUGAUUUGAUUAUAACUUAUGAAUCUGAUGAUGGUUGA